ACCACAAGAAAUUUCAUUAAUAAAACAUCGAAAGACUCAAAAACAGUUCAAAGCAAGAAAACCCAAAGAGCACAUUAGUGAAAUGCUGAAAGAUAAGAAUAAAAUUAGAAAACCCAAAAGACUAAAGAAAAUUAGUAAGCCAGAAGGAAAGAAAAAAAAAUUAACACAAUUAAGAUUGUCAAAAAAGCCAGAAGACUAG